UUGGAAACAAGCCGUUGGCGAUCCAUGCCCGGGAGGCUGAGAUCCGUUGUCCCUGCGAUGGGCCUGGGGGACUCAGGCCGCAGCCGAGAGGGAAUGCCCCGGGGGCCCCACGGAGUUCCGGUCAGAGUUGGGCUUGGGCCCUCAGCCCCCCAGGAGGAAGUCCCGGCCGCCUAUACGCGGCUGGACGACCUCAGGCGGCGGCUGUUGCGCGCCUUCCAGUGUGCGGUUCCGCGCGGGGACUCCAGGCGCUCGCCUGCGGCGGCGGCUGGGGAAGAGCAGAGUCCCGCAACCUUCGAGAGCGCCUUGGCCGGGCUGCGUGCAGAGCUGCUGGAAAUGCAUUUCCAAAAUCGUCAGCUGGCCAAAACUUUACUGGAUUUAAACAUGAAAAUGCAGCAGUUGAAACAGGAGUAUGAACUAGAAAUUGCAUCAGACUCUCAAAGCUCUGAAGAUAAUGCUGUGAAACUGGAAUGAGGAAAUUGAAGAUCUGAGUCCUAAAAUUAACAGAAAAUUUCAAAAACAACUCUGAAAGUAACAGUAGGGAUGCUCUGCAUGAGGUUUUUAGGGACAAUUUGUGACUACAAACUCUGAUGCUAUGGGAAGGGGACAGAAAACAUCUAAGAGAGAGGAGAGAGAAAACGAUGUGUUAUUAAGUUUUAAAGUGAUGUAUUUAUUGUUUUGGCUGGGAAAUAGAAGCGAAAAUACAGUGUAUUGGAGAAUGCCUUAAUGCCAAUUUCCAGCUUUCUAUCCUGUGCCACCUUAACUUUCUGGCAAUACCUGAACUUUCAGAAUCUGUGCCUGUUUUUGUUUUACUUGGUUAUUCUUGAUUUGUCUGACCAGUUAGCUAUUCAAUAUUCCCAGCCCCUACCCAUUUUUUGUGUGAAUUACUUCUGCCUACAUUCCAACCGUACCCCUUAGGUAGAGUCUGUGAUUAAGGGUGCCGCACCUCCUUGGAUAUGGGCACACAGAUCAGCGUGUCCUUGGGAGUUUUUGAGCUAGAAUUAAAAGAGUCAUUAGUAUUUCCUGAUGUGGGAUAGGGGGCUUGGAAGCUGAUGGUGGCUAUUGUGUGAGAAAGUGUGAGCUUUAAUGAAGGGAUUUGAAACUAAACUAUUGAAAGCACAAAAGGGGAGGGAGAGAGCUCCUUUUCCUUGUCCCUGGGGCUGAGCUGUUUGAAACCCAGUCCCUUGCUGUCAGUUGGAUGCGUGAAUAUACUGUAGUGUCCUUCUAAUAAAAUUUCCUUCAGCUUAAGUCACUUGAAGUAGAGUUUUAUAACCUGUACGCAAAAGAUUCACUACUAAUACAAUUCUCUUGUUAAGUCUUUAGGAGUUAAAAUGGUUCUUGUUGAAUUAGAAAUAUCUACCUCUACCCUAACAAGCGCUGCCUUCUUGAUGCAAGAAAUAAAGUUAAAACAUUUGCAGAUCUAAGUGAUAUUCAUAAUGGUCAUUAUCUGUAAAAAUAAAAAUUAAUUUACUAAUAUAAAAUGUAUGCAAUUUUAACAUUGACUUGACAAUAAAAAUUAAUUC